CAAACCGUCCUCCUAACUCCCUAAAACCAUGGGGAAGUCUCUCCCAUGGCCAACAACACUUUGGUAAAUUCAUUCAUUCCCCACCGAGCUUAUAAGACACACCUUGCCUCCACUCCACCUGACUACCCAUAUUUUCGCUCUCUUCCAAAAUCUCUCCGAUGAAGACUCACCGGCCGAGCUUUUUCACCAUCACUCUGGUGGUGUUACUUUCAGCUGUCCGCGGGGAGAGCAGUACCGACUGUGAUUUCCGAGCAAUAUUCAACUUCGGCGACUCCAACUCCGACACCGGCGGCUUGUCUGCGGCCUUCGGCCAGGCGCCUCCACCCCACGGAGAGUCGUUCUUCCACGGCCCCGCCGGAAGGUACUGCGACGGCCGCCUGAAAAUUGAUUUUAUGGCUGAGAGCUUGGGGCUGCCAUAUCUGAGUGCUUACCUUGAUGCAGUGGGCUCGAACUUCAGCCAUGGAGCCAACUUCGCCACUGCUGGAUCCACUAUUAGGCCUCAGAAUUCCACUCUUCAUCAAAGUGGCUUUAGUCCCAUCUCUCUGAACGUCCAGUGGUACCAGUUCAAUGACUUUCAUCGUCGCUCCCAGAUCUUCCGUAAACAAGGAGCAGUUUUCAAGCAACUUUUGCCGAAGGCGGAAGACUUUUCUCGAGCUUUAUACACCUUUGAUAUUGGUCAGAACGAUCUCACGGCCGGCUACUUCCUCAACAUGUCGACUGACGAAGUUAGAGCUUACAUUCCCGACGUGUUAGACCAAUUCAAAACCGUCGUUAAGUAUUUGUAUGGUCAAGGAGGCAGAUCAUUUUGGAUCCACAAUACGGGUCCGGUCGGCUGUCUGCCAUAUGUCAUGGAUCGCCUUCUGAUCACAGCAGGACAAGUGGACAGGGCUGGUUGUGCGAAUCCUUUCAAUGAAGUGGCGCAACAUUUCAACAAGAAGCUGAAGGAAGCUGUGGCACAGCUCCGAGUGGAUCUUCCACACGCGGCCCUCACAUAUGUUGAUGUCUACUCAGUCAAGUACACUCUUAUCAGUCGAGCUAAGCAGUUUGGAUUUGUGCACCCACUGAGAGCUUGUUGCGGGCAUGGAGGGAAGUAUAACUAUAACAAGCAGGUUGGCUGUGGAGGAAAGGUGAAGAUCAAUGGAAAGGAAGUGUUGGUUGGGAAGCCAUGCCAAGAUCCUUCGGUGAUGAUCAAUUGGGAUGGAGUUCACUAUACACAGGCCGCUAAUAAAUGGGUGUUCGAUCGAAUCGCCGACGGUUCUUUCUCCGAUCCACCAAUUCCUCUGAGAAUGGCCUGCCACAGGCAUCCACCCAGUUGAUUUUUGUACUUCUUCAAUGUUAAUAAUCGAUUCCCACUGUUGAAUUAAAUCUCUGGACCACUGUAAUUUGGAAAAUUGAAAGGGAUCGGUGUUAAUCAUAAGAUCCGGAAGAACAUUUAUUUAUUUCUAAGUUUAGUUUUGAAUAUGAAACCCUGUUCCCUCCCUUGUUUUAUUCUUUUGACUUGUAUAUAUUUGAAUCUCAAACUUCUGAAUUAGCAUCUUUUCGAAUUUCAUUG